GUUUGGUCUGGUCUUUGGUGUUUUGACAUGAUCGGCUCAUGUGUCUUUAAAAAAUCUAUUGUGUAUGCUAUGGACUUAUAUUUUUAUUUAAAAUUAGUUUUCAAAUACGCAGUUCGUUGAUUUUUUGAGUGCAUUAUCAUAAUAUGGAAAAUGAGGAUCGCAUUAUUUACUGUAUAAAAAAACAGUUUCUCUGUUGUACUCCUAUUAACAAGUUUGAUUUUAUGACCUUUGGAGAAAAUGGAUUCAAAAUGGUUGAUACUUGCAUUCAAGAAAAGCUGUUGAAUAGCACUGUAAAUAACCCAACUGUGAAGAAAUAUCCGUUAAAAAAGUCAUAUCAGAAAGCGUUUCUGAAAUUUAUUAUCGAUAAGUUGGAGAGAUGCAACCAAGAUAUUCACGAUAACGUUUAUGAUCUAUAUUGCAAUCUUGUAUCCCAGAAUGAUGAUUCAUCGACACAUUAUCGGCAUUUUUUACUCAAUGAUCGAGCAACUCGAGAUUGUAUAACGUUGGAGGAAAGUACGAGUAUAAUAUCGCACGGUACAACAGGAAUGUGUAGUUGGCAGGCCGCUUUAACAUUAGCUGAAUGGUGUAUUUCCAACGAGUCUCAACUUACUGGCAAAAGAAUCUUAGAACUUGGAUCUGGGAUUGGUCUCACAGGUGUUGCUGUUAUCAGUGCCUGCUCUCCGAAACAAUAUACUUUCUCAGAUUGCCACCCAGCUGUCUUGAAUUUGUUGUGUAAGAACUUGUACACGAACCUUUCAACAGACUCAAAGGAACACCCCGAAAACUUGGAGAAGAGAGAUGAAAGAUUGCAAUUCAGAACAAGAUACAAAGACUCAGGAGUUAGAGUAGAGAAUUUAAAGUGGGAAGAGAUUGAGGAAUAUGUAAACGAGAGCACUCUCGUACCUGAAAUAGUUAUAGCUGCAGACGUUUUGUAUGAUAAAAGUAACUUCAGUGCCCUUUCGAAUGCCUUGGAAACUUUAUUAAAGAAUGGAACUCAAUAUGCCAUCAUUGCAGCUACUGUUCGUAAUUCUAGUACAAUAGCUCAAUUUCUGGAAGAAUUAGAUUCUAAACUUGGUUACGAGGAUGAACCAGUUCCGAACUCAGAGGUUUUUAUUCAAACUAGCGACGCACCAAUUAGGAUAAUUAGAGUGUUUAAGGAACUUUCCUGAAAGGUUUAAAUAUUAUUUUUCAUCCAAGACAAUAAAUAAGAACAGCAGACGCUUUUUACAGAGGGAGUAUGGAGAUAAUUAUUUUAUUAAAAACCUUAUAUUUAUAAAUAACAGAGUCGCAGUUAAAAAAUAUUUAUAAACGUAUUAAAGAUUGACUACUCAAAUGCGAAUAUAGUAACCAAGUAACAAUAGUAAACAAAAGUUAAAACCA